UGUAGUUCCCCAUUAUCUGCAGAGGAAAUGGCAGUUCAAAAAAGCAGAAGUUAAAGUUUGACAGUUUUUUUCAUGGCUUUUUAGCCUUUAUUGGAGAGAUAGGACAGUGGAUAGAGUUGUAAAUCAGGGAGAGAGAGAGAGAGAGAGAGAGUGGGGAAUGACAUGCAGGAAAGGAGCCACAGGUUGGAUUUGAACCUGGGCCGUCCGAUUGGAGGACUACAGCCUCCAUACAUGGGACACGCGCACCAACCACUGCGCCAUCAGCGCCACUUAAAAUGAGUCUUCGUAAUUGCCCACAGUGACUGGUGCUCACUCGGUCAGAAGCUCUCCCAGAUUGAACACCAUGAUGAUCCCCAUCCCCUCCAUCCUGAUCAGCCUGGGAGGAAAAUGCCUGCUUAACUGGACGCUGGUGUUUAUCCAGAGGAACCACAUUUGCCAAAGCUUCCUGGGAGUUUUCAGUGUUUCCCUUUCUGUCAUCGACACAGCCCUGACCCUCUCUGCCACCACGCUUCACCUCCACACCAACGGAUAUGUCAUCCUCCUGGGCUUGAAGCUGACCAGGUUUCAUGUGUGUUUGCUGGUUCAAAUUCUCGGACAAAUCUACAGUGCUCUGCAGCUGCCUGUUGUAGUCUUAGCUGGAUUGGACCAUUUCUGUACUCUCACUCAGAGGUUGCAAUUCACCAUUGCCGGGGUCAGAAUGUUUUUCAUCUUAUCUGCGACCGGCUUCCUGUGGUACCUAACUGCUCUUUACGUCUUUCUGCUGUCUGACUUCAAUCCUGUCCUAGAGGAAGUGUCUUACAACCAGAUUCAUCAGUGCUGGAUCUUGAGAACUUCUUAUACCCUGCAGGUCGCCAUGUUGCUCCUCCUAUCUCUUGGCUAUGCAGCACUGAAUGCUGGGUGCAGCACACAGUUAUGGAAAGAUCAAAAUACAGUCCAAAGUAGAACACUCUCCAGGAAAAAUGUUGUUUACCAAACCUUACAUGUUUUCCUGAACACUUGGGUCUUGUUUCUGUUUUUUCUUGCCGUGCUCCUCUUGCUACCUGUGGGAAUACCUGCAUACCUGGACAUGAACGUUGUCUGGUUGAGCUUUCUCAACAGCACCUUGAUAGCAGUCCUUUUAUGUGCAGUCUGUCCAGCCCCGCAGCUUGCACAGGGCUUGGCAGCAGUUCCCCCCGACAGCUUCUGUGAGUGGAGAUACAAAUUUAGCUUGGCUGAGGACGACAGAACAAUACUGCACUGUGAAAAUACACACAGGACAUAUUCUGUAUAGAAGUAGUGGACAUAGAUGCUGAGACCUGCAGUAGACUUUUUUCUUAUUGUCACUCAAUCUUAACAAAUGGCCCAUGGAUCUAUUAGUUGGUACAAAUAUGUCCUCAUUUACCACCAGAUGGAUUGAAACAAUAUUUGUUAGAAAUUUAAGGUACCGAAAUGAAAAGUAUCAGAGACAUUUUAAAUCAAUAGACCUGUUGUGAUUUGUCCCCACCAUGAGGUCUGUCGUUGUAAUUUUGAGAUAAAUGUAUUUAACUAAAAAAAUGAGGAAUGGUGCCAUUGUUAUGAUUUAUAUGAUUCACUGCAUCUUUUAAUAAAUUGGUAUCAAGCAGAUUCAUAUUUGACUUAUAUUCUUGACAUUCAAGAUCAGAAUUGUAUUGUAUGGUCCCUAUUAACAUUAUUCUAUACAGUACAGGAUAUAUAUAUAUAUAUAUAUAUACACACACUGUAUAUAUGGUUUAAUUAUGAAUAGAAAGGCAAUACUUGAUUCAUUUAAAUUCUUUAAAAUUGUUCAAUUUUGAUUUGUCCAUAAAUGAGUAAAUAUAUAUUUUUUAAACUUAAGUUUUCCAGUCAUCUUCUGUUGCGUAUUUCCCUGUAAUAAAAAUCUGGGAUGCUGACAGGUUAAAUUGUUGACAUGAACAUUUAGGUUUUCUCCUGUUUGUUCACCCUUAAUAUUUGCACUCUAUGAUUUGCAUACCAUCUGUUACAUAACUACAUAUUUAUUAUCAUGUUCAUCUCAGCAUUUUGCACUACUCACCACUGCAUUAUGGUCUUAUUUAGACUUGUAUAUAUUAGUGUUUUGCUUAUAUUGUGUUUAAUGUUUAACUUUGUACAUUCAGAGCUCAGUUACUGAAGACAAAUUCCCUGUGUGUGUAAGCAUACACGGCCAAUAAAGCUGAUUCUGAUUCUGAUA